AUGUACUCGCACCUUGACGUGGUUACAACUGCUCUCGGAAAGAGCAACGAGGCUGCCAGUGCAUAUCGACCAGCCUCGCCGAAUGUUCUCACAGCUUCGGCAUUGACGACGAUGACAAACGGCACCACCACCGCUUUGGCGCCAGCCAUCAUCGCCGAAGGACAUGAAGCUCCCCAGAAGGAAAGACUCGGCCGGACCAGUACACAGAGAAAGUGGCACUCCAAACCACUCCCGCCAGCACCAUGUCUGGGCGAGCAUACGAACCCAUCACCCAUCACCCAGAACUUCAGACCUUUCUCCGUCACUUCAGCUACAAUGGCUACCUUUUCCGAAGAAAGCGAGCCUGCUAAGCGUACAAGACUGGUUGACGACUUCGACAUUCAAGGCGUUCACAACCUCCAGAACAAGGCUGCCUUCGACGAAGCCCUUGCCCAGAAGGAUACUCUGCUUGUCCUCGACUGCUUCGCGACAUGGUGCGGUCCUUGCAAGGUCAUUGCGCCCAUUAUGCUCUUUCGGUUCCCUAAGCAGUCACAUGUCGAUGCUUAUCAUGCGAGCAUUCAACCAGAGGCUGUUCGCCUUGGUGAGUACGACCUCGCGUGA